ACCUGUAUAUUUCCAGAUGUCUGGUUUUAUUAUGAUCAAUUGAUCUAUUCUACCCUACAUACACAUGUAGGUAACCUGCGCUCUGCGCACAGUAACGUUUUAUCAAAUAUUCUGAAACGCAUACAAAGAAUUUUGAAGAAAAACCUACCUAGGUAUCUGACGGUUGUUGUUAUCAGGUUGUUAUCAGGUUGUUUGAAAAGACGAGCGUUGCCCCCAAACAUCGAUUGCGCGUUCAUUGAGUGCCUAGCGGGUAGAGCCAGCAGUAUUUAAUUGAAGCGAAUCCCCAAGCGGUACUCAGAUCUGUACCCACCCUAUCACACAAGUGCAUUCUCCAGCCAAAGUUACAUAGCACAAUUGAUUGCAUGUGAGUGUAUUUUUCUUGGGCGUCUGUUUUUUUGAGUUUGUAUUUUUAUUACCCAUCGUCAUCGUCGUGUGGCAUUAUCCAAAUGUCCAAACUCUUGAAUACAUGAGUGCAUCUACGCAUCUAUAAAUUGUAGUAAGCUCGAUGAUCAUACAAGUAGAAUGUCAUCAUGUAGAUGGGGCUGGAGCUUGGACCACCGCCGCCUCCGCCGCCGUUGAUGCAUACCAAGCCAACCCAACCGCACUGCAAGAGAGAGCAAGGCGACGGCUACCUACAUACAUACGACAUCAUCCAUCCGCUAACAUUCAUACCCUCAUAGUCUUUCCCGACCAAGCCUGCAACUGUCCGGCCUCAUAGCCUCCGCAGAAAACUCUCUCCUCGUACCACCGUCCGGCGAUUGAUUUCCAUACGUUGAUGAUCGGGCCCCCUGAACUCGGUUUCGUCGUCUUCGCGCCGUAGGCUCGUUCCCCACACUCAGCCUACACCUGGCAUCAUGGCUGUCAACGAACGGAUAUCACAGCUCAUGGGCGCUCUCGAUUCCGCCUCGGAAUCUCGUGCAACAUCGCCCGGCGGCGACUGGCGCCAGACAAAUGGAGGCAUCAAUGGCACAGAUGAUCAGAAUCGGAACAGGCCCCGGACCUUUCCUUACUUCAAAUACCUUCCUUACGAGACCGAAGAUCAAUCCGAGCGCGAAGACAACCUCAACACAUGUUUAAAACAUCUGUACAUUGCUGUGUCGGCGGGCGACUUUGCCCCGGGAGCUGUGCAUUGGACUCGUGAGAUCCGUGGAUGGAUCAGCCUCAAGUUCGACCUGCCACGUGCCACGCGCGUGAAGCUGGUGAACCUGUACUAUGAGCUGGCUCUUGCACCCGGCCUGGACUAUCUCGUGGCUGAGAGGUUCGCGAGCAUGUUUAUGGUAUUGACAAAGCGCAAGCACUACCUCCGUCCGGGCAAAGAUUUGACACUCGAUUGGCGGCCUCUGUUCCGAGAGCUGAAGCUGUUCGUACUCCCAUCCGAAUCGGGAGGCUCCUCACCCCCGAGUAUCAAGCGAAACAUACGCACCUUGACCAAACUGUGCACGUUUGCCCAGCUAUACUUUGAUCCGCAAGAGAUUCCAGCCCUUUUGGAAGAGGUGCUGCCCUUCUUCAGUACCUCAUACUCUGAAGGCGCAUUCGUCGUCAUUGGUCUGCUCAACUUGCUUCUCCCCACAAAUCCAGCACCGGAAGACAGGCCAGAUCUACAGCCGCAAGAGUACUUGCCGUUGUUGUUCCAUCUUUGGUCGCUGGUGAAUCGAUCAAGACUGGUAGAUGCUCACUUUGUAGAUAUGCUUUCGAGACUGGCUAGGGAUUCUCUCGUCGCUCCCCAUAUUCCCUUUUCGCAGUACGGCACAUUCACAGGCGAACAGUGCUCUCUACUUUUUACGGCUGUUCUUCGACUCCUGGAGAUACCGGUGGGCCAAGCAACAUCGCCAUACAGCAACACUGUUGAUUUGGGUGCUGGUUUGGCCAUCAUGCUUGAUCGCGACCAGCGAAAACACCCAUCUGUGCAUCACAUCUCGCGCACCAUAAUCAUGUCACUUUCACCUGCAUGCACAGAGCACUCAGACUCUGUCUUAAGCAAACUAGAGGCUCUCAUCCAAGCCAUCGAGACCUUCUUCCACCCUUCCAACUCCGGAGGCUGGACACGGACGCUGGCCCAGCUGGUCUAUUAUCUGGCCGACUUUUUCGUCUUGCGGUGGAACCGUGAACAUAGCGGAGAGAUGGAUGUGCCUGAAGACCGGAAGUUGAAUGCUGCCAUCAAACGCCGUUUCGUGCUUUGUUUGCGCGAGGUGACCUUCAUGGGUAUCUUUUCUAAAAGUGACAAGGCGGUGGCUUAUUCAUUAAGCACCCUUCAAAGCCUUGCGUAUCUGGAGCCGACUCUGAUUCUUCCUGGUGCUCUUCAAAGGGUGUAUCCGGCGAUGCAAGGCUUAGUCGAGGUCCACCGCACAAUUUCCUCCAUCAAGGCUCUUCAAGUUCUGUCGAAGAUCAUGGCGAAGACAAAAGGGUACAGGUGUCACGUCACAACGUUAUUAGGGCUUGCACUUCCGGGUAUUGAUCCCAAUGACUUGGACAAAACUGUUCAGACUUUGAGCUACAUACAGGGUGUGUCUUACACGGUGCCGUUCCACGAUCUUACCCAAGAAAAGAAGAGACCAACCAUAGAUUCGUCGGGGUCCGGAACUGCAACGCCGGCAGAGGAAUUCGAUACCGACACAGGUCUCGCCAUGAGAUGGAUUACCGAGCAAGUGGAGCGGUUAGAGAACAUGAAGGGAUUAGUCGAGAUCGACUACGACAAGGAACUUUCAGACCACGAGGAAGAGAUGAUUCUCCGAUCAUCAACGACAGGGCUGGCUGAAUUCCUUCAUUCCUUCUUAGGCCGAGUUUUCACACUCCUGGAGAAUCUGCCAGAUGCUUCACGAGUGCGUAGUGGCACACCUGAAGAGUUCGUAGCGAACCACCUGCCAGCUGCUUUUACACCACUAUUGGCAGCGCUUUCUCCCGAGCUUUUCGAUAUCGCCUUAGAUAAGGUCGCCAACUUUAUUUCAAACCACGUCAUUCAUCAAGCUCGAGAUGCGAUAUCCUUCAUCUGUAACAGCUUGGUGAAGGUGAAUCCUGAGAAGUCGCUGAAGCGUCUUCUGCCUCAUCUUUUUGCGGGCAUCCGUACAGAGAUCGAGGAGGUUGGAGCAGGCUCUACGCGAACGACAGGCGCGGAUGUAUUGCCAAGGGAUAGAGGCCUCGUAUGGUAUCUAUGCAUACUCAGUAUGUGUGUUGUACAUGUUGGAGAUGCUGUUAUGGAAUGGAAAGACGAGCUUUUCGACAUUGCUGAGUAUAUGCAGCAAAAGUGCAGAGGUACACCUACCGUUCACGUUUCCAACUUCAUCCACCACCUCCUUCUCAACUUGACAUGCACCUACACCUACGACUACUCCAUCUACGAGGACGAAGAGCUCAAGCAGGGUCUCACGACUGACUCUUGGGGGAGGCAAGUUGAUGUCAACAAGCUGAACGUGAAAUGGCACAGGCCUAGUGCUGGGGAGAUUGAUUUUGCUAUCCAGCUUUUCCAAUCGCAAGCUAACAGUUCAAUCUCUACUCUCACCGCGCUGACUUCAGCCAACCCACCAAUCGAGCGCAAAGGCACUGGCAAAGAUUGGUCCGAUGAAAUAUCAAGAAACCUUGUCCUCAUAAGGCUGCUAGUCUCGGGUAUAUCUGUACUUUUCGACGUUCGGCACGGCCAAUCACCUCCUGAUACCGACUCUCCCAAUUCUGAUGAAGGCUCAGAUCCCGAUGCUAUGGACACGGAAGGUAUCGAGAAUGACGCUGGGCUUGGGGAAGCCGAAGAUGAGGACGUCAAGCCUACAUUCUUGUAUGAAACGGGAUAUCCCUUGAAGAAAGACGAUGCGAAUUACAAGCUUGUCCACGAUUUGAGGCAUAAAAUUGGAGAGACUCUACAUCAAGUUCACCGUUUCUUGAUUGAGAAGCAGGAAGACGAUGUGCCGUGCUUUAACGCUUUGUACAAUGCCUACCGAUCGUGGUUCAUCGACGUUGGAAUUGAGCGAUCCGCCCAUGUGCUUGAACGUAUCACACGCCUUCUUGCAUCUGAUGAAGGUCCUUUCAAAUUCAGCGGUCUGAGGAAGGAAUACCCGCGACCUCUUCUUGUUAGACGCGCAUACGUCUAUCAUCUUCAACGACUGCGGCACAAUGCUGCUCCUCGACCAAAGACGGACCUUGAUAAGCAACUUCUGUUCGAUCUGGCUGAAUCCAGUAUCUCCCUUUAUACCGAGAUUCGCCGGACUGCUCAGACUGCCAAUGAGUCGGCCGUCAAGUGUGUACUCGGUGCACGACCGCUGGUCAUCCCGCCCCUGUUGGAGGCACUUGUCAAAGCUGUUGCGGAGAAUGACUAUCCUCGCAUUAAGGGUGCUAUGUUUACUCUCUUGUUCGGAAGUCUUGCGAAGACCAUUUCUCGUGACUGGCGCUUCACACCAACACUGAUUAAAGCUUUCAUUGAAGUCACAGGCGCCGAUAAGCCUUCAGUCCAAAAGCUCGCUACGAAUGCCACGUUCCAGAUAAUGGAUAUGGGCAAGGCAAUGGAGCGAAUGGUAAUUCUUGACAAGCAGGUCGUCGAGGCUCUUUCGUUUGCAAUCGGUGAUGACGACACUAUCGUACAUCAGAAGGUAACCAAGCGCCGAGAUUUCAUACAGAAGAAGAGAGCCCGUAUUGAAGGCAAGAAAGCGGACCUUUCCAAAGAGCUGAUUGAUUUCAGCAAGACGGCGCACUGGAAGAAAGUUAGUCGCACAGCUGCCAUUAUCGUUAAUCUCGGGAUGCGCUAUGACACUAUAGCGUCUGAUGAAAUGAUAGAGCUCGUCACAAAGGGUUCCAUCGAUCAACAUCCUAGUCUUCGUGGCCUCUAUGCUGGCGCUCUUGUCGGUCUCUUCUCUGUCAUCCAGACAAGGGCGAUUUCAGGACACAGCUAUCAGAAAUACCUUCUCAAUGAAGAAGAGUUGCCUGAUAAGAUCUCGGUGCAGACAAAGGCCCAAGAGGACCCAAACUGGACUGACGAAUAUCUGGGUAUGUUUGCUAAACCAGACGCCAAAUACUACGUCGAUCAUGACCAUGCGGGAUGGCUUGUGUGGACUAAAAACAUGACGGGAUAUCUGCCCAACCCGCCAUCCAUAGCUUUUGACGACGUUGAAAACUCCGUACGCAAGAAGAUCGGAUCACUCCUAGACCGCUCUUGGUUCUCGAACUACUUUGCCUUCAUGAAGCAAGAGCCGCGAGAUUCUGGAUCCGACCGAUUCCGCAUGUCCAGUGCUAUGCUGUUGACGAAUGCUUUCGAUUUGGUGUUUGCUGAUAUGGCCCAGGCCACAUUCGAAGACAUCAAGGAUCUUACGCAAUCAGUCUAUGGAGAUGGAAGUGACAAACAUCAACACCGUGCCACAGCCGAAAUAAUGGGUGCUCUGCUCUCUUGCGCUCCGGACUUGACGCCUGAACAGCGGCAAGAGGUUUGGGAAUAUGUCUUCCCCAUCAUCCGUGGCAUCUUCCAGGAUGGCUUGAACCCUGAUAAUUCGGGCUAUUGGACUACGUUUUUGCAUGUGGUGUUGCAAACUCGCGAUCCUCGACGAAGUUGGCCCCUGAUCGAUUGGCUAUCUAGCUUCCGUCUCGACAUGGAAUCCAAUGCAGCAUUCAAAGAGAGCUCAAAGAUCUACCUCCUGCAACAAUGUAUCGCUGAUGCAGGCUGGCAUUUUCGUCUAGAAAAGCCCAUCCUGGAAGAUUUCAUGAAACAUCUUGAUCACCCGUACAAAGGAGUCCGUGAAGCUAUGGGCCAAACGAUAGCUUGUAUUUAUCGAACACGGUACCAUGAGUCUUACAAAGAUGUCGGAGCUCUCAUCAAAGCACAAAAGGAAUCUUCCUCGAUUGGCAUACGCCCCUACGAGCCGACUGCAGAGUUUUCAAAGACAAUCAAAGAAGUGUUCGAUCGUCUUGAGGUGUGGCGUCAAGAACGUCCCGCUGGUCAACAAACACCAUCUUCGUAUACCUCAGGUGGCAAGACCGUCUUGCUUUGGCUCGACUCCACGCUCUCGUCCUACGAGUGCACACAACUUGUUCAAUUCUUCCCUGACGUAUUCACCGAACAACUUCUACACAUGAUGGAUAUCAAGGAAGACCCUGAAUUGCAAUCCCUGGCCUACCACAUUUUCCGUCAUUUGCCAAACAUUCCACAUCGACAAGGCGAAGAUGCCGAUUUCAUCGCCUCGCUCAUCCGCAUUGGUCGAACGGCAACGAGCUGGCAUCAACGUCUCCGCAUCCUGAUUAACAUCCAGGUAAUCUAUUUCCGUCGUCUCUUCCUCAUGAGCGAAAAGCAGCAGCUCGCCAUCUACGACUGUGUUUCUGCCAUGCUUGAAGAUAAUCAACUGGAAGUCCGCAUGGGUGCCGCCACCACACUCUCCGGCAUGAUCCGCUGCUCAUCCAUCAGCCUACGCGAUCGCAAAGUCGCUGAGCUCAAGAAGCAGUUCACCGAUACCCUUACCAACAACCCCUUGCCUAAGAGGCGCAACCCAGGCACACCCACCCCAGGUCAGGCUAAGCUUGUACUGGCCAGGCACGCCGCCGUACUGGGUCUCGGCGCCCUCAUCCAGGCCUUCCCAUACGCGAGUCCACCGCCUGCGUGGUACACCGAAGUGCUGGCUACGCUUGCCAGAAAAGCAGCUGCAGACCCGGGCUCCGUGGGCAAGAGUGUCAAAGCCAUCCUAUCGGAUUUCAAGAAAACGAGGCAAGACACGUGGCAUGUCGAUGUCAAGGCUUUUGAACAAGACCAGCUCGAAGAUUUGGAGGGUGUGCUUUGGAAGAGCUAUUUUGCUUAAGUCCAAAAAUAA